AUGGCUUUACCAAGUGUAAUAUUGAAAUAUGGAAUCCAGUCAAGUCUAACAAAACUGGUGGUUCCAACCAUGAUGAUCAUUACAAAAAGAAAUUUCACUCAAACAGUUAAUAGAUUGGACUUGCAGAUAAAUCGUAUGACAUUAAAGAAUUUAAAGGAGGAGUGUCGUAAAAGAGGAUUGAAAGUGUCAGGCAGAAAACAUGAGUUACAAGAAAGGAUCCAAAGCCAUGACAUGAAAGUGACAGAUAGUGGUACUAAUGUGAAUUUUGAUGUUAUUGACGAGAAUGACUUAAUUGAUAUGAAGAAUCAAAUAAAUGAAGCGAAAUUACAGGUGCAAAGGGUUGAAAAACAGAUUGAUGACGUAAGUUAUGAGGUAUCACUCCAUGAAGAGUCACAAUUGGACAAACAUCAUUUAGAAGAAGAUUCCAAGGAAGUUAACACUAUGAUAGACGAAUUAAAAGAGGUUCAACAAAAGUUAGAUUCAUUGAAAUCUUUCACUAAGAAAAUGGAUAAAGACAUUACUGAUAUUCUAAAUAAAGAUGGUGGAGAUAUUACAUAUGAGCCAUUGUUAAAUGAAAAGAGUCACCAUAAAGGAAUAGAUCUGGAGGAAGGCUGUGAGAAUGUGGAAUCAUUGAAAAAAGAAUUGGACACUGCACAUGUUCAAGUAGAAAGAUUACAAAAGAUAAUCACUUCCGAAUUAGAAGCAGCCACUGAAAAAGCAGAUGAGAUAAAAGCCACACAAACAAGUUCCGUAAUAGGCUCCACAAACGACAGUUCUCUCAACAUUAAUAAAUCCAAAUUGUCUGAUCCAACUAAUAGAACAAAGGGAAGAAGUUAUCUAUUGAGCAUUCUUGGUUUAACGCUAGGUUUAGGGUGGAUUUUCCAAGACUCUUUAAUUCAUAAAGAUGGUCAAUCCACUGCGCAACAAUUAGAUGAGCCUGAUAAGAGACAAAACUGA